AUGGUAAUCAGUAGUAUGGAUGGUGAGGACUUGCAACAGUCGGUGGUUGAUUCAAUUAUAUUAGCAAUUGAGGAGCUUUCCAAAGGUCCUGGCGAUGACUACGAAGCUACUAUUACGAUAGCGAUCAAUUUAUUGGAUGUUUUUAAGUCGAUCAACAAUAAAUUUGAUCUAUCUGUCUUAGAAGCGGGCAUGAAACAGGAUAUUCUAAGCCCCCUUUUAGUUGCUAUAUGCGAGCGGCCGGAUACGGUAUCUAUCGAUGUGUUUGCAUGUUUAUUUGCGUACUGCUCAGUGAUUGUUGAGUUACAGCCGCUAGUGAUUAAUUUUGUGCGAAUGUGGAUGAAGGAUGAAUAUCUACGGAAGGCUGUAAGUAAUCUUGGAGUGGUUUGGGAAUCUGGUUCCUCGAGUGGGAAAAUUGGAUUCUAUACCGUGAUCUCAUAUUUGGAGAAUUUUCCUAGUUUGAGUAGAAAAUCACUUACUUAUUUGAACUUGCAAUUAGGUCAUGUGCUUAUUGAUCAGUGGUUGCCUUUAUGGUCGCGAUACUUAAAGAUUGGGCCCUCGGUCAGUCUUCGUGAGUGGGUUGUGAAAGAUAAGUUAAUGCUAAACAUUCAUGAUGAAUCGCUUCAAGAUGUUGUGCUUGCUGUGAAAUGCAGAGAUGUGGACCAGUGGCGAAGUUGCUCCUCCUUAAGCACAGAUCCUUGGAACUACUUUAUUUAUUUAGUAACUAAUAGAUUCCUCGGACUUUCUGACUCCCUAAUAUAUCACCCUCGGUUUAAAAAUUUUGCAUUGUCUUUCCUUACUAAAUGUGUUGGAAAUAACAGCUUUACCCUUUUGCAAACGGACCCUAAGUUCAAGCUCCAGGUAUUGAUGGAAGUCUUAGACCACUCUGAGAUGAAUUUUCUGCAAGAACCUCACUUGACUAACUUGUUGAAAAUAGCAUUGUCCCAAGUUCAUACUAUAGUCCACAAUGGUUCAUUGGAGGAAAUCACAAAUUUACAUUUACAGUUAGGAGAAUUGGGUACAACCCAAUGUUUACCUGCUUUGAUUAAUAUGUUGCAAUUCGUUUUGGUGCGUUUUUUGAUUAAUAUCGGAAACGUGACCGAAGCGGGCGUCAGUCAACAGGUAGACAGUUAUUGGUACAAGAAAUACAACAGAUAUGUUAUACCUUCAGCGUUCCACAAGCUUCUUCCACAUUUGCCCCCAAUUUCAAAGUCGCUGUUUGCGUUUGAUUAUGCCUCCGCAUAUCUUCCUUCUAACAUAAUCACCAACUAUACUCAGAUUAUUACGAAUUUGUUAAGCUCGCUGAUCUUAUUACUUUCUAUUAAUCAUUCGUUAUUGGUUUUUUACCAGCAAUCCCAACUCGGCUCUCUUUAUUUUGCCGAUUAUAGCCACAGCAGCAGCAAGGAUACUUUACUAGAAGACGAAGCCUUACAAGGCAUUGAAAAUGAUACUAAUCUCCAAUUCAUGGAGUUAUAUUACAUUCCUCUAAUUACUUCCUUAUUAGUCUCAGACCAGCUAUUACAGGUACCAGGUGAAUCUAUGAAGCUGGUUUCUCAAAAAGUUGCACAGAUCAACGGUAGACUCAUUUUUGUCCACGUUUUAAAAUGCUUGGAGCAGUUGAUAAAAAAUCAUAGUAGCACAGCAUUAUACCACUUGAUAAAAUUUGUUUCCAUGGUAUCCAUUGAUGAUUUUACUAUACAAAAGAAGUUUACUUUAUUGCUAAAUCAUUUAUUUUUCCACGGUGAUACAGAUCAUAUUCUACAAUUAUGUCUUCAAAAUGAAUUGACUACCCAGGCAUUAAGGGACUAUAUUAGUCUAUGGAAUGAUGGUAGUAAAGCUUACGAAUUAUUUUUUACUCAGGUUUUUAAAACGGAUCAACCAAAAGCUCCUAAAGUUACUAAAACUUAUGGAGAAUUAUUCAGCUUGAUUCCAGAUUACAAACCUCCCACAAUUAGUACAGUGAAUGCUCCUUCUAUAAAUAUGCAACUUGGACAUAGCUCAGCGCCCGAUCUAAUUGUGGAUUCCAUGCCAAUGCAGACAACUGCAAUGAACAAACCUAAGUUCAACACUAAUGCAAGCUCAUUUAUUCCGCAAAAUCUCAGUAUGGCAACUCCUUCCAGAAACUCGCCUUCAACCUCUAUCAAUUUGCAGCCACAGCCACAUUCUACGCUUUACAGUUCUAUUCCGUCCCCAAUGCUCUUUGGUGCUACCACUAGUACUACUCCACAGCUACAAACCCCUCUGGCAGAUACUUACAAUUCUUUUUAUAUGCCGCAGCAACCAGUGGUUAGACCAACUCCAACAAGGCAUAGCAGUUACCACUCUAUCCCCCAAAGCAACCCCAUGUCUUCAACCCCUUCCAAUGCCAGCGGAACUUCUCAACAUCAAAGAACAUGGCAACCUGCUGGUGUGAAUCCAAAUUGUGUGUCUCAAUUCGGACAGCAACAGCAACAGCAACAACAACAGCAACAGCAGCAGCAGCAGCAACAGCAGCCACAGCCACAACAACAGCAAGUAACAUCUUUUUUAAAUACGGCUGGUCCAGGUAAAUUGGUGAACAGUGGUAAGAACUAUAUUUUAGGUGGCCACAACCGGGCAGUUAAUAAUAGUAGAUCACAAAGUAUUCACGUUGACGAAUUUGAAAAGAUGCACUUGUAA